AUGGCGGCGGAGAGGAAGGCGGGCUCCCGCUGGCCCGCCGGCGGCAGCGGCGGGCGAAUGCGCGGCGCCGAGGGUGGCAUUGGCAAGCUGCGGGGCCGUCAGGCAAAGGCGGCAAGGCCCGUACUGGCGGCGCCUGCGGGCCAGGGGUACUUCACGGCGGGGCUGGCGGCGCUGUUCCUCUGCCUCACCGCGCUGCUGGUGUUCCUGCCGCUCGUGCUGCCCCCGCUGCCGCCGCCGCCGUUGCUGCUGCUGCUCGUGCCGGUGGGCCUCAUGGCCGUACUGCUGGCGCUGGCGCUCGUGCCGUCCGACGGCCGGGGCGCCGUCGCGUCGUCGUGCGUGUGCUGA